CGACAUUUCUAUAUCUCAGCGGAUUAUAAGUAGAGUCCUCUUCGAUUCCUCUUCUCCACCGCCAUGUCCCCUCCGCCACCAGACCUCCCCUACAAACCCUACGUCCCCCGCCGCCAGCGCUCCCUGCGCCCAGACAGGCCGCUCCCACCUCCACCACCAGACGAGCCAGAGGGAGACGCAGAGCAAGGCUUCGAAGACGUCUACCGCUCCCCGCCCUCGCCCCCCCAACGUGUUUCUUCCCUCAGGCUGCAAAACAAGGAACUUCCGCCACCCCCCAGUACCGCGCCGUUGCAGGGCCCGUCAUAUCAGUCGCCACGUACGACGUCAUCCCCGCCCAACUCUGCCCCAGCCCAGACAUCAGACGCCCACCUGCACCCCUACCACUCCACCCUACCCACGGCCCUCGACCCGCCGACAACGCUCACCCCGCUCCGGGCGCACUAUCUCAAAAAGACGCUCGUCGCGCUCCAGGUCACCCAUGAACUCGGGCUCAUCACUGAUCCUGUCUUGGGCGCAAACGCGCUUGGCCUGCUUGGCGACCCGUUUGUGUUGGAUGAACGAUCAAGGAGGGAGGCUCUGCAGCGUGCGAGUGAGGUAGAGAGGGCAGAGGGGCAGGUGGGGGAUCUGCCGUUCUUGAGGUUCAUGUUCCACCAGUUCCUCCUGCCGUUCCCCUUUCUCGCUUCCGCGCCUCCCACCUUCUGGUCCGCCAAAGUGCAGCCAUUCUUGUCCUCUUUCCUGACGACGACGGGUAUAUCCCAGCAAGCUGCUCAGUCGGAGGAAGACAGGCAGGUCUCGGAAAGUCUGAUGAGCAAGGAAGAGCUGAAGGAGGCGCAGGAGAGGAAGAAGCUAUGGAUCAAGGUGGAAAAGCAGCUCGCCUUGAUGUUUGGUCUGGGUAUCAAGGUUCAGGGUGGCGAAGAAGUUGUGCGGAUAGGGCAAGCCGAGCUGAGGCGUCUCGAGGCUUUACAAGAAGAGAGAAAGCAGAAAUGGAUGGCGAAACAUGGUGGACAUUUGCCGGGAGAGCUGCAAAACACCGGCUUCGAGGUGAACGUCAUUGGCGUGAGGGUCGUUGUGGAGAAGGGCAGAGUCAGAAACAGGAGUCACGAAGAGUUCAUCAUCCGGACUUCAAGAGCGGAUGUGCCAGACGUCUUUGUGUCUAGGCGAUAUGGAGAUUUCCGAAGGCUCGCUGAAGAGCUGAGGCUGGCCUUCCCCGACGCUCUCAUCGCAUUCCCGCCCGCCAAAGACAAGUCUACAUCGACCGCGCCUGCCGCUGCCGCCAGCAGCUACAACUAUGGCACCUACAAUCCCCUGCGGGCAAUCUAUGGUUCUGGCCCUGCCGCCCAGGGAUCCAGUUCCUCGCUCCAAGACCAGGAUUCCCCUGCAUCUCCCACGUCGACCUCUGCAGGGUCUCCACUAUCAAGAGAAAAGAACCGUCUCACCCUCCGCGCAUAUCUCAACACACUCCUCUCUCUACCCUCCAUCAUCGAAUCCCCCAUCCUCCGAUCAUUCCUUCUUUCCGGCCCCACGACGCUCACGCCUCCAGAGGCUGUGGAUUGUCAGCGGAGAUUGGAGGCUGAUGCUGUUCGUGAAGAAGGCAGGCGGAGGUUCAAGAUGGAAGCGGAAAAGAGGAUUGAAGCUCUUCGCGAGGGGCUGGCUCAGUUCAAGGGCGAUGUGUUGAGUAAAGAGGGAGGACUCAAGAAUGUGUUUGAAGUUGUCAAGAGAGUGGAGAAGGUGGAGAAUCUGCCACCGGCAGAGGCUAGUGUGCUAGAAUGGGGUAGGAUCUCCCUCGCUGCCACGAUCUUUCAACUGUUCGUGGCAUCCGAUACGGCUUCAGAGACUCUUGCCUCCAUGAAACGGCUCCACGGUCUCAUGCCAUACUUUGUCCUCAAAGGCAUCCUCAAAAUAUCAAACCCCAUGGCCAUGAUCCGCGGCGUCCUCGACCUCUUCCUCGCCCGUCCAUUCGGCGGUCAAUCUCUCAUCCAGCGGAUGUUUUCAAGCAGUCUCACAGAGGACGUGCGGAUGCUCGAAGAAGACAUUGAGGUAGUCCAGGACAAGAUCGAUGACCCCGUGCUCUGCCAGAAGAUUGAGCAGUAUGCCAAGGCGCCGUUUGAAGUACAAGAGUCGUACAGGCGGAAUGCCGCCUCGGAAGGGGUAGAGCUGCUGGUCACUAUCCUUCGGUCUCCCGAGGUUCCGUCUUUGUCCCGACCGCAGUUUCAGAGGGUUGCGAGGGCUGUGCGGGCGUACAAAGAGUAUAGGACGUCGCAGGCCGAGUUGUCGGAUUCUGAUGACGAUGAGGGACCUGAGAAUGAGGAUGCUUGGUUAUGCGAGGAUCUCAACAUCUUGUUGAAGCUGUGGCUGAGGAAGAGGGAGAAGGAAGGGCUCUUGGCGCUGAUAUUUGAAGGCGUGACUGCCGAAUUGUUGAAGGACAUCAUCACCAUCUUCUACACCCCGCUCGCUCAAGUCUACAAGGCCGCCAGCAUUGCUGAUUCCCUCGGCGACUUGCAAGCCUUUAUCAAUGACAUGAUCCGUACUAUCGAGCAGGUCGAAGAGCGUAAGAUAUCAUUCUUCGAUUAGGUGCAACAGCUGAUGGCUAGCAGUCUCGCAAGAGGAUCCUGGGAGAACCGUCCAGACCUUUAUAGAUCUUGUCCAACGCCACGAACAAUCCUUCUACUCUUUCGUGCACAAGGUCCACUCCAAGGGCCAUGGUCUCUUUGACUCUCUCAUGGCCUGGCUUGAACUCUUUUUGAAUUACGCCCGAAGCGGGCUUCCUGGAGAGCCCAUCGACCUCGACUUCAUCCUUCCCGCCUCGGAGGAAGAACGAAAGCGGGUGAUGAGAGAAGUCGACCAGGUGGCGACGUACCACUACAAGCUCAAGGUUGCUCACGAAGAAAAGGUCAGGAGGCGAUUCAAGACUGCCGAUGAGGGCUCUGGCGCCCUCGGCGAGGGGAUUGAUGACGAGGCUGAGCUUCUCGGCUCGAUCAUGACGAGCUUGAACAUUGAUCAGACGACGAUAGGCGAAGCGGAUGAUGUGGCGGACGAAGAGUCGGAAGAAGAUGAGGAGGAUGAGCGCGAAUUGGCAGACCUGGAUGAAGAGCAAGAAGAUAGAAGCAACACGUCUUCGUUGACAUCUCCUCGUCGCGGGUCGGAUGAUUUCAACAGCACCCUAUCUCCUCAGGCCAAUCCUUCUGGCAGACGUGGCUCGCACUCGUCGAAUCACGGCCUACACAAGGUCCGAUCGGCUCUGCAUAGAAACAAGAAGGACACGGAUCACGCGCAGCCUUCACCUGGUCUUUCGGACAGGUCGAGCGGGCGUAGACGUGGUGGUGGGAGUAAAAAGAAGAAGGCGAGGGCGGGAGAGACUGUGGAGGUGUUGUCUGCGCCCAGGACUGAUGAGAUUGAAGCGUUGCGACCGUUGUUUGUGGAAAUGCUUCGUCCCAACCUGAGGCCCAAGCCUCUCAAGUAAGGUGUCUUGUCAUAAUUGGCUAUCGCUUGUGUAUACGUGUGACCUACUACCUUGAGGGGACAGGUCUGGGUGUCUUUCUUCGAUCAUAAUUGUCUUUGGCUUAAUGGGAAUAUGAAUUUUGCUGUACUCGUAUGCUGA